AUGAAAUUUUUACAAUUGUGCUCAAUUUUCCUUCUUAUUGGCUGUUCUUUAGUGGAGAUCCAAUCUUUGCCAAUUGAAGAAUCACAUCAUCAAGUUGCUGUUUUACUGCCAGAAUAUAUUCAAGCCGAUUUACCUGCUUCCACAGACAAUCCCGAGGAAUCUAUUGUAGCUGCUGUUCCCCUUACUUUGUUGGAUGUCGAAGAUGCUGAUAAGUCAACUGUUGAUGCUACCGAAGAGUCGGAAAGAAGUGCUCGUGGUUUAGGCUUGGGUGGACUUGGUGGUCUCGGUGGAUUAGGUGGCAAAUUCGGUGGCCUUGGAUUGGGUUUCAAGGGUUUCGGAGGUCUCGGCGGUUUUGGCUUUGGUGGUCUACAUGGUUUAGGUUUAGGCGGUUUUAAACCCUUCUUUGGCAAACACUUUGGUUAA